CUGCGCCACCAUGCUCGCCUUGGAGGCCGCACAGCUCGACGGGCCACACUUCAGCUGUCUGUACCCAGAGGGCGUCUUUUAUGACCUGGACAGCUGCAAGCAUCCCAGCUACCCCGACUCAGAGGGGGCUUCUGACUCCCUGUGGGGCUGGGACCUCAGUCCAGCUGUCCCGGCCGCCUCCUAUGAAGCCUUCAACCCAGCUGUGGCUACCUUCAGCCACCCCCAGAGUGUCCAGCUCUGUUACGGACCCUCAACCUACAGCCCCGUGGGGAACCUCGACCCGGCCCCCAGCCUAGAAGCCCCGGGGCCCAGCUUCCCAGCGUACCCCACGGAGGACUUCGCCAGCCAGACCAUGGGCCCCCCGGCGUAUGCCCCAUACCCCAGCCCUGUGCUGUCGGAGGAGGAGGAUCUCCUGCUGGACAGCCCCACCCUGGAAGUUUCAGACAGCGAGUCGGAUGAGGCCCUCAUGGCUGGCCCCGAGGGGAGGGGAUCUGAGGCAGGGGCCCGCAAGAAGCUGCGCCUGUACCAGUUUCUGCUGGGGCUGCUGACGCGCGGAGACAUGCGCGACUGCGUGUGGUGGGUGGAGCCGGGCGCCGGCGUCUUCCAGUUCUCGUCCAAGCACAAGGAGCUUCUGGCCCGCCGCUGGGGCCAGCAGAAGGGCAACCGCAAGCGCAUGACCUACCAGAAGCUGGCGCGCGCCCUGCGCAACUACGCCAAGACCGGCGAGAUCCGCAAGGUCAAGCGCAAGCUCACCUACCAGUUUGACAGUGCACUGCUGCCCGCCGCCCGCCGGGCCUGAGCCCCGUGGGGUCUCUCCGGGGCGCCACGUCUGCGUCACGUUGGCGUCCCCACACCCUAGGUCAUAGGACCCGUGGAUUCCCCACACUGCGGGGGGGGGGGGCAGCUGCCUUAAUCCCUAAGCCCUGCUCAGGGCCCCUCUGGGACACUCACCCCGCACCCCAAACGUGUCUGGGGCCCCUCCAGGAUUUCCUUGUCAUGUUCAGGAUCCCCAGGAUCCUCAUGUUUUGGGUCACAGGACCCAUAGAGGACUAUACUAUAUGUCUGUGUGGAGGGGCUGGGCAGGACCGUGCUUCCAGAAUCCCAAGAGCUUCUCUGGGAUCCCCUUGUGGUGUCUGAGAUCGUCCAACCAAGCCUGGGACCUCUCUGAGCUCCCUUGUGUGUCUGAGAUUCCUUAAUCUCAUCCGGGAAGGGUGAGCCCACAGAUCAUCACACAGGGAGGGGGUUGCUGAUGGCGACCCUAAGCCCUGUCCAGCCAGGGUCUCUCUGGGAUCCCCUUCUCAUGUCUGACACUCUCCUGUCAGAUAUGAGAUCUCCUACUUAUGUCUGGGGCCUUCUGGAAACCCUUUAUCACAUCUCAGAUCUCUGUGCCCAUCUGUGACUCUCUUGUCCUGUUCCCCCAAAUACGUUUGUCAUCUUGAGAUCCCCAAUUCUCUGGAACCACUGUGCUAUCACUUUUUUUGUGUGUGUCUGGAAUUCUCCAAUCACAUCUAGGGUUCCUCUGGGAUCCUUUGGCCAUGUCUAAAAACACCCUUGUCAGGUCUAAGGGGGGACCUCAGUGAACCCUGUCUUGUCCAGGCCACCUCUGGGAUACCCUUGUCUGUCUGGGAUCCUUCCAAUCCCAUCUGGGGCCUUCCUGGGAUCCCCUAUCCGCUAGGUCCCUUUGGGGACCCCAUCAGCAGACCUGAAUUCUCACGGGGACCCUCCCUUUCCUGGGGUGCCCUCCGUAGGGCCAAGCUAGGGAUCGUUCUGGCCAGUCAACUGAUUUUCUGGGUGAUCUUGGCAGCCCUCCCAUGUCAUCUCUAACCAGAGGUCUCACAUUGGUACCCCCACCCCUCCAGAUCCCUUUGGGACAAAUCAGAUCUCUGGUGGUGGGUCCUUCUUUAGUUCACUGCAACAGUGAGGGAGAUUUUGCAUAUUCCUUUCAAACUUUGCACAAUCCAGCAAGGGUGGGCAGCUCUGCAGUGCAGAGAGGCUGGAGGAGGGGGGCAGCCACUCCUAACAGGGCACCUGUUCUCCAAUCUGUCCCAGUCCCUGCUGCCGCUGGCUGUCAGACCCCAGUGGCUUCUCUUGGUCGCCUGUUGGCCCCCAACCAUUUGCGUUUUGACCCUGGUAUGAACCCACGGAGGUGAAAUUGGGUUCACCGUGGGAGCUCUGAUUCGAACCCUGUGGGGGUGUCACAGACUGUGGGCUAAGAUGCCAGAGUCCCAGGUCCUUGAGUCUUCGUGGCUGGGGGAUCUAAGGUGAAAGACUUGCUGCUUCUGGGCCUCAGUUUGUCCCUUCUGUGAAAGGGGAGAGGAGGAGGGGGAGGAAGAUAGAAAAAGUCCCUUGCAGCCCUGCUGAGCCUUUGAUACAUCUUCUGGAAAUCUACCCCACCACCCAUUCAUUGAUGUCCAGGAGCAGGAGGACAAGGAAAGAGCUGCAAGGACCCAGACAGGGAAGAGGUCCUUAUGGGGCACAUAGCUGCUGGUAGCAGAGCCCAGGCUGGGACCUGCCCUCCAAAGGACAGCACACACACCCUCACCCUGGAAUGGGGGCAGGGUGGGAAGAGAGUGCCAGGGACGAAAUGUCCCCAGGGCCUCCUCUUGCAAAUGAGGUACCUUUUGCAAAAACUAUCUUCAUCACCCAAAGAGUGGAAUAAAAUAAAAUGAAAUAAAAUAAAAUAAAACAAAAUAAAACAAAAUAAAAUAAAACAAAACAAAGCAAAACAAAUCAAGGUAGACAGACUUCCUAGGACCCUUUGUUAGGGACGGCAAUGCUGUCUGUCGGCCCAGGCCUGCUGACCUUCAGAGACACUGCGCGGCUGCGUCGGCGAACCACAAGACAGGAGAUGAGGCGUAAGAGCCUCAGCUUUGAGCUUUGAAGGCCGCGGUAAAGGGCUUCAGAUGCAGGCACUGCUGGUUCGGUUCAAUUUCUCUCUCUCUCUCUCU